AAUUUCAUUCUAAUUCGUUCCUCAAACGAAAGAAAUUAUAUUUCAUCACAGUGCAUGAAACCUGCCGCACGUGUACGUAAUGCUAUAUUUGGGAUUACGCUCACUAAGCCUAGCUCGUACUGGUUUCGUUUCGUUCGAAUACCCAUGAGUCAAGGCAACUUCCUCGUUUCGAUUUGGUACAUGCACAGCUUAGGGGCUAGGUAUAGACCACAGUGUGAUACAAUGAGCAGUGUCACAGUAUAUGUUCAUCCAGACAACAUUCGAAGCAACAUCCCUACAACACGUAUUCGGAAGAAAGGGUUAUGGGCUAUUACAUAUUAGGAAUCGUCGCUAUAGUGGUCGCAACUCUUUCGGCAUUCGCAGGAACAAGCUGUGUGACGACGCCGUCCAACAGAGAGUGCCAUCAAGCAUGUAAUACCUGCUCAGCUGACACAUGCUCAAACAACUGCAUCACAUGUCCUGCUACGCUCUACGGAACCGACUGCACCCGGACGUGUCCUGCCCACUGUAAAGAUGGGAGAUGUGAACUCCUGUCUAACGGCCGGAGUGUAAACUGUACGAUGGGCUGUCAGGCAGGGUACAGGGGUUUGACCUGUAACACGGGCUGUAAACGACCCUGUUUGACAUGUGACCGGUAUACCGGGAGAUGUACUGGACCCUGCAGGGCUGGGUUCUACGGCGGAGAGUGUUUACAGAGGUGCUUGUAUCCCUGUAACCGUUGCGACAAAGGGUCUGGAAGAUGUCUGGAUCCUUGUGAAAAUGGAUUCUAUGGUUCUAAUUGUUCACAGAGGUGUUCACGGGCGUGCUAUCGCUGUAACAAAGAGUCUGGAGAGUGCACAGGUCAUUGUAACGACGGCUACUAUGGUGAAACCUGCACUAAGAUCCAGCUAAGUGAUGCACAAAGCCAGAGGCAGUGUGGCGAUGAGCAUCACCACUGAAGUACAAGAUGAAAAAUCAAAGCCACACACGACAACUGAGGACAGCGCUUCCGGCGAGACAAACGUCACUGUAGAAGAUGACAAUGAGACCGCAUUCCCAAGGACUCUGCCUACAACCAAGACACACAAUCCGUACAUCAUAGCCAUUGUCAUGGUGGUUGUUGCUGCUGGUCUCCUGGUACUGAUAACGACUCCGUUCCUCCUCUGCACUUGGCAUCGACGAAAACCACAAAAGAGAUCUGUGACCAAUGUUGCGGUUACUGAGCGCGAUUCUGACCAUGUCUAUGAUGAAAUAGGCCCUCCAACCGUACAGCCAAACACAGUUGCACCUCCAGACAUUGAAGCGGGAUACCUUACACCUACACGGCCAAAUACUGAGUCAAGCUACCUAACCCCUACAAUGCCUAACCCAUAUACCGUAAGCAUUGUUACAGUACCUCCAGACAAUGGAGCGGGAUACCUUACACCUACAAAGCCUAACACAGAUUCCGGAAGCAUUGUUACAGCACCUCCAGACACUGAAGCGGGAUACCUCACGGCGACACAGCCAAAUACUGAGACCAGAUACCUAACCCUUUCACAGUCUAACACAGAGACCAGAUACUUAACCCUUGCACAGCCUAACACAGAUACCGGAAGCAUGGUUACAGCACUUUCAGACACUGGAGCGGGAUACUUUACAACUGUUUGAAGACCUAAUCUCAGGUUAUGACACCAUCUUACUGAUAAAGGUGGAUUAACACCAUAAGCACUGUACAAACUGAAAAGUGGAAAUUAUAUUCGUAUAUAUGUAAUAAAUAAUAUACUAUUUUUUUA